AUGGAUGUAUUAUAAAAAAUACUUAAAACUCAAGGAACCAAUGUCACAAUAAUUGAUUUACAAUUUUAGUAUUUACCAUCAUAAUUUAUUUCAGAUAAAUCUAAAAUUUAGAUGAACUGUUAUCUUAAUUAGCAAAUUUUAGCAAUCUUAAAGAAGUACUUCAUUUAUUAAAAAAUUAAGCUUAAUUUAAAUGGAAAUCGUUUAAUUUCAUUACCUGAUGAUUUAGGAUUAUUAGAUACUGUUGAAGUGCUAUAUUUGACCAAUAACAUUUUUACAGAUGUACCAUUAUUUCAAUCUUAAAUCCUUUUUAGAUAGUAUAAGUUGUUGACUCUUUAUAAACUAUGCCAAAUUUAAUUCAACUUGAAAUAACUCUGUCCUCUAAAGAAGAAGAAUAAUUUAUAAUUGAAUCUCUUCCAAAUCUAUAAAUUUUGAAUUCUUAAAAAAUCAAUUUAGACUAACAACUUGUUGAUGAAAGCUCAGAAUAGUAGAGUUAACAAUAAUCCGAGAGAUCUAUGAGUGCUCAGUAAGACAUUACACUUUAAUAAUAUGAUUUAGAAUAGAUGGCAGUAAUUAAUUAUUCAUUUUUAGAUUUUAUAUGAUAACAUUAGAGAAUAUAAAAAAGAUGAACAAGAAGAUAAACUUUUUGAUUAAUAAAUAAGAACUAUUAUGCUAGAUUUAUAAUCUAAAGUUAAGUAAAAUAAUCCAGAUCAUUUAACAAAUUUAUACAUCUUAACAGUACUAUUUUUAUUUUUAUUAGGCUAAAUAUAAUUUAUAUGAAAUUUGCUUUAAAUCUAUUCUCAAACAUUUUAAAACUAAUGAUAAAAAACUAGAUUUUAUUUUUACAAAAAUUCAUGAUAUGCAUUUAUCAAUCUUUAAUGAUUUGAGUAAUGUAAUAUAAAAUGUCAAAUUAACAUCGAAAAACACUUCAUAAUUAUAAAUAAAUUAAAAAUAAAUAGAUUUAUCAUAAUAACAGCCUGAUAAGAGUGUUGAAAAUAGAUUGCGAUAAGAAUUAUAAGAACUUUAAUAAAUAAAUAAUGAAUUAGAGAAAGAAAAUAAAAGAUAUUUAGAUUUAUUAAUAAAACACUCUAAGGGUGAAAAAGUUUAAUUAUCUAAUAGUGAAAAUAAUUAAAAAUAAAAUGAUAAUUAUCAAACAUAACUUUAUGCAAAGAAUUUUUAAUCAUAAAAUAUUUAAUAAAAUAAUAACCAAAUAUUUUAAUCAAAAUAGACAUAAUAAGUAAAUUCUAUACCACAAUAAUUAAAUGUAAGAAAUUUAACUCUAAAACAAUUAAAAGAUGUUUUAAAUGAAAUUUAUGAAAGUAAACAUAAAUUUGAUUAAAAAUGUACUGAUUCUAAAUUGCCUAGAGAAACUAUGGAAUAACAUAUGUACACAUUUUUAAAUUAGAAAUAUGGACUAAAAAAUCUAAUAAUUGAAUGGGCAACUUCAAUAAUAAAUUCAGUAAAGAAAUAUGCUAGUGAAGAUAAUGAUGUAGAUGUAUUUGGUAAGAUUUUAAAGAAUGAAUGUGAUGAAGAAUUUCGAUUCGUUUAAACUUAAGUUAAGAAUACAAUGUAAGAAUUAUUGAAAGUAAAUGAUAUUGUUAUUUAGAUGUAUCUAAGAGGUAAACAUCCAUUGAAACAUUAAGCUGAAAUUAAGGAAAUGCUUAAUUAAAGAAUUAAUGGUUAAUUGUAUGAAGAAGAAGCGGUUGACAUUAUUAAAUAUAUGUAUAAUUAAGAAGAUUCAGAGUUAUUACUUGAUAAAUUGAAAUAGUAUUAUAUUGUUCCACAAAAAAUAAAUGAUAGAAGACUUACGAGAGAAGAAUAAUUAAUGCUUUUGUAAGAAAAAGAUAAAUAUAAAAUGGAUUAUUAGGUAUUCUAAAAAAUAAUAUUGGACUUUUAACUCAAAUCUCAUGAAAAAUAUUUAAAAAAAUUUAUUGUUAUAUUCAAAUAAAUGGAUACUGAUCUUAAUGGAAUAAUUGAUGAAGUAUGAUUUGUUGAUUAUUUAGAAUGAAUUCAGAAAUUUAAUAGAUGCUUUAAAUUUUGAUGCUGAAGAUGUAGAUAUUGAAAAAUAUUUAAAUAUUGUUGAUCCUUAUAGUCAUUAAUAGAUAACAUUUUCAUAGUGUGUUACACUCUUUUCAUCUGAAUCUGUUCCUGGAUCAAAUGGAUAAAUGUAAAUACUAUAAAAAAUAUCAGAAUAAUGA